AUGGUGAAUCUAGAAGCGAUCAGAAUCAUUGUAGGCAUUAUCGGUAAUGUCAUCUCUUUCUUUUUGUUUACCUCCCCAUUCACAACAUUUUUGAAAAUAAUCAAGCAAAAAUCAGUAGGAGAAUUCAAGGCAGAUCCUUAUGUAGCAACAUUGCUCAAUUGUGCAAUGUGGUCUUUCUAUGGCAUGCCCUUUGUCCAUCCGGAUAGCGUUCUUGUCGUUACAAUCAACGGUUGUGGAUUCGUUAUCGAACUCAUCUACAUUGCCAUCUUCUUAACAUACUCAUCUAACGCAAAGCGAAGGAUUCUUAUUGCUCUUCUGGUUGAAGUUAUCUUCUUUGCUGUUGUGGUUUUCGUCACCCUGCACUUUCUCCAUACCACUAAGGGCCGGUCUAUGAUAAUUGGCAUCUUGUGCAUUGUCUUCAACAUCAUUAUGUAUGCCUCACCCUUGACAAUCAUGAAAAUGGUCAUCAAGACAAAAAGUGUGAAAUAUAUGCCGUUUACCCUCUCUCUUGCUAACUUCUGCAAUGGAAUUGUCUGGCUCAUCUAUGCACUCAUCAAAUUUGAUCCCUACAUUUUGGUUCCCAAUGGUUUGGGAUCAAUUUCCGGGUUGGUGCAGCUCAUCCUAUAUGCCACCUACUACAAGACCACCAACUGGGAUGAGGAGGAUGAAAAACCAAAAUCUGAGGUUCAACUCUCAGAUGUUUAG